AAACAAAAAAAAACCAGCGAGAAAUCAAGCGAAAAAUCUCGAUAUCCAUUGCAUCAUCGCCUGAUCAUCGCGAGACGCCGAAGAUGGAUCAUGAUCCACUGUAACAAGGCCCGAUAAUGUCGAGAACAGGCGAUGCAAACAACCGCCGUACGAUUCCGUAGCCCAACUCCCCUUUUUUUUUCAAUAUUCGUAUCCUGCAUUGCGAUAACGGUAGAGGCUGAAAAUAUUUAAUAUUUAGUUGAAGUCCUUCCCUGAGGCUGACUGAGACUUUUCUCUUUGUUCUACUCAUACUGAAUCACAUUCGACCAACAUCAACAUCAUCAACCUUAUAGAGUGGGUGUAGUAGUUGUUACUCCUGAGCUUCCGAGGCAUUGUCUGUCAAAUCAGCUCUUAGACUACUUACACUAGACCUAUUAGACAUCCUGAUCGAUAUCUACUCCUUUUUACCCCUCAACUUAUUAUAUAAUUACCUAACAACUACCUAACAACUACAUUAUAUAAUACCCAACACUUUUUACACCACUUACACGCAACAACUUCUUAGAUUUACUCACAACAACAACAACAUCUUACCAACUCUUACCAACUCUUAAGACAGAGAGAAAAGAAAGAAAGUAAAGAUUCUCACCAUGACGUCCGAGGAUAUCAGAACCCUAAAUCUGAGAAAGCCCGUCGACGUGGCUGAAUACCUCUUCACGAGGCUUCACCAGAUCGGAAUCAGAUCUGUCCACGGUCUUCCAGGCGACUUCAACCUUGUCGCCCUUGACUAUCUGCCCAAGACCGGGCUUAAAUGGGUCGGCAACUGCAAUGAGCUAAAUGCCGCCUAUGCCGCCGACGGUUACGCUCGUGUGAAGGGCAUCAGCGCUAUCGUCACCACUUUUGGUGUAGGCGAGCUGUCCGCUGUUAACGGUAUCGCCGGCGCCUAUAGCGAGCACGUUCCCAUUGUUCACAUCGUCGGGUGUCCGUCUACCGUUUCCCAGCGCAGCGGUCUGCUGCUGCACCACACCCUAGGAAAUGGCAAUUUCAACACCUUUGCCGACAUGAGCGCUUCCAUCUCUUGCGCCGUCGCUAAACUCAAUGAUCCGGUCGAGAUCGCCAAUCAGAUUGACCACGCCCUGCGCGAGUGUUGGGUCAACUCUCGCCCCGUUUACAUCAUGUUCCCUACCGAUAUGGUUCAAAAGAAGAUUGAGGGCGAGCGCCUUGAGACUCCAAUCGACCUGACCGAACCUGCUAACGACCCGGAUCGGGAAGACUAUGUCGUGGAUGUCAUUCUCAGGUAUCUACACGCCGCCGAGCGACCCGUCAUCCUCGUCGACGCUUGUGCCAUCCGUCACCGUGUCCUCAACGAAGUCCACGACCUUAUCGAGAAGACUCAGUUACCCGUAUUCGUCACGCCCAUGGGAAAGAGCGGCAUAAACGAGACGCACCCCAGUUACGGCGGCGUCUAUGCAGGGACCGCCUCCGCCCCGGGCGUCAAGGAGAUGGUCGAGGGCUCUGACCUCGUCAUCUCCGUCGGCUCGCUCAAGAGCGAUUUUAACACGGCCGGAUUUUCUUACCGUCUAUCUCAGCUGAUGUCCAUCGACCUGCACAGCGACCACUGCAUCGUGCGAUACUCCGAGUACCCCGGCGUUCGGAUGAAGGGCGUCCUACGCAAGAUCGUCGACCGCCUCGACGUAACAAAAGUCAAAGCCCUCCCGCCACCCAAAUGGGAGUCUCCCCCCGUCACACCCGACGUCGACGCCAUCAUCAAGCAGGAAUUCUUCUGGUCGCGCAUCGACCGAUUCCUACGGGAAGGCGACAUCGUAAUCAGCGAAACCGGCACAGCCAACUUCGGCGUGUGGGAGACGCGAUUCCCGGCAGAGGUAACAGCGCUCAACCAGACGUUCUGGGGCAGCAUCGGCUGGGCAGUCGGCGCGUGCCAGGGCGCCGCGCUAGCAACCCAAGACAUCGCGGGCGUAGACAAAGCCCGGCGGACAAUCCUAUUCGAAGGCGACGGCAGUCUGCAACUCACGGUGCAAGAGAUCAGCACGAUGAUCCGGCACCAGCUGGACGUGAUCAUCUUCGUGAUCUGCAACGACGGGUACACGAUCGAGCGGUACAUCCACGGGAUGAACGCGUCGUACAACGACGUGGUGGAGUGGCGGUACAAGGACCUGCCCGCGGUGUUCGGCGGCACCGAGGAGACGGCGCGGUCGUACGCGGUGCGCACGCGCGGCGAGCUCGAGAAGCUGCUGGCCGAUAGGGACUUCAACGACAGGAAGGGGCUAAGGCUCGUCGAGCUGUAUAUGCCGCGCGAGGACGCGCCCAAGAGUCUGAUGCUGACGGCGGAGGCUAGUGCGAGGAGGAAUGCUAUGACGGAGUAGGGGAAAAUAUGAAAAGAAAAAAAAGGGGGGGAGGAGGAGGGGUUGGUUUGUAGUACGCUGCUCAUGUUUCACGGGUGUUUAUGACUUUGAGGAGAGGAGAGGACUUGUAUGAGAUAUGACUUUGGAUAUUAUGGAUAGGGGUUGGCUUGUUGGUUUCGAGUUAGACGUUUCUAUAUGUGUGUAUGUGCAUUUGGGUCUUGGAAAUAUCUCCUUUCUUUCUAUAAAGGCACGACGGAAUAGAUUUUAUUCUAUUAUGUUUUAUAUGUAUCGGACAGAUAGUAAUAUCUGACAGUAUCUCAUGCCAU